AUGUCAAAUAGCCAAUCUUCGUCCGGCCAACAAAACCAUCGCAGUUCACAGCAAAAGGAAUCUUCAGAAAAACCACUUUUCCGAAUCGACCUUAUAGCUCGACAGUUGGCCUCAGUUUGGCAGUCAAUUUGCGCUCUGGAGGCAGCGUCCAGCACCAGAGCACGAACUGUACAUUUGAACUCAGGCCCGGAGCGUACUAGUCCCUCCUUGUCGGGCCGAUGGUCCGAAGUCUCAUCCACUUGCUCUACUGCUUCAUCGUCUUCAUCUGGCUUUCGCCUUCAAGUCAGCAAUGGCUUUCAUGAUGUUGCAGUUACAUCAGGCGCCAGAGACUGUGCAGUGAUUGGCAGACUCUCUCCAGCAACAGUCGGCCACCUAGAGCCCCCUGGAUCCGGCCUGACAUCGUCCAUUGAGAUGCGGAGCGCCGGAGCCGAGAUACGAACCUUGCCCAUCUUCAAAGGAAAAGGAAAUUCAAUCGCUAGUUCAUCGGAAAACGGUUCCUACCGAUCAAAUUAUGAUACAAGUAAACACAUUCUCUUAGAUUCGAUUAUAUCGGUUAAUUUAUUAACUGCAUAUGGAGUCACCUAA